GGCCCACCAAAGUUGAACUAACACCACAUUUUACUCAGUCCAAGCCCUGACAACAAAGUUUUCUAUCAACCUAUGGCUGCGACGGUUGACUCCAUGCAAUGUUUUCCUGGUUUAUGCGGGGUGCUUUCAGGGUCUGCUACUGGCCUCGAGAUAGAUGAAAUUGAAGAGGAUGUUGCAGCGGAACAAGAAACUAUAAUUGAGCCCGGCGCUGGUCUGAAAACGGCGAAUACUGGGUCAAUUGAUACUCCUGAUUUUGUUAAAUUGCAGAUGACGCUCAUGGAGGCUUCCAAGGGUGUCACAGAUGGCACGGAUGCUGAAUACAAAAGGUUAAUGAAUUCAUGUGUCUCAUUUGCUAUCAGGAUCCGCCUUCUGGGGCCGGAUGAGGAAUUCUUCAGCAAGAGACCACGGGCUGAUGCUCCUUUGGUAAUUGUAGCCUGGAUUAUGAACGCCUGCGACUCCAUUAAUCUUGACGGCACCACAAAGCUGUGUUCCCAGGAACGGGGGACAUAUGGACAUGCUCAGAAAAUGCGAGCCUCAAUGACCUAUGGCUUCGGUAAGCUGAAGGGUCUCGGAAACAUGCCAUGGCAUGAAUCCGAUGUUGGUGCCACCAUGGUUGGCAACCCCUCAAUCUCGGUUGAAGUUUCAUCUUUCAUGUGUUCGCUGCGGAGACGCAAGGUUCAAGCUGGUGAAGUUGCAAACAGUGCUCGUGCUAUAACAUCGGAGAUAUUACUCAAAUUGUACCACCACAACCGCCUUCCUGAGAACUGGACUGUCCAGCCGUAUCAACCUGGCGAGCGAAAACCUGCAGGAGGCUCUCGUACUUCUGACAGCCUGGACAACUGGGGUGGUGGGCGGGUCCGAAGGCUUCUGCAUGCUGCAUAUACAGUCCUCAAGAUACAGGUUGUGUUGUACCUCCCCUUUCGCAAGACCCACCAAAAUGGAGAUAUUAAACCCUUUCAUCUCUGGACCCUCUCAUCUAAUGAAGCCCAUCUCUGUCCUACGAGAGCACUUGCCGCUUGGUUUGAUGAGUCCCAGAUAACGACGGGGCUAUCAGUGGCAAAUAACCCUAUGUCUUCAGAACAGUUCUUAGAGCUGUUUCGAAACAACCUUCUCGACAUAAAUAUGACCCUGCUCCUUAUGGCACUCACUCGAUUUGUGAGUGGGGCGGGUGGAGCACUGAAUUCACCAAACAUGACAAUAGUCAAGUAUCUUAUCUCCUCGAAUGAUGACCCUGCAGAGCCAAGGGACCAUUUUUUCAACCCCAACCAGCGCCCAGCUGUCAAGUGUCCGCAGUGUGGCCGAUGCUGCUUAUGUGCUUGAUUGCCAGUAGGGCAAAGGGUAUGAACCUUGACAUCACAAUAGUAGCCUCGCUUCCUGUUGUACCCGAGACCAAACCAAUAGUAGUAGUUCAUAAUACAGACGAGGUUUGCUGGGCUUCCUGCCGCGAUGAAAAGGUACUAGUGCUGUCGCAUUGUCUCGAACUGA